AUGAAAGGAUUUUCAUGUGUUUCAAAUCAAUUGAAGAAAUCGUUAUCUGAGACACUAACUAUCUUCUACCCCCUUGGAGGUAGAAGAGGUGAUUACUUUUCCAUUGAUUGCAAUGAUGAAGGUGCAAUUUACAUGGAAGCCUCAGUGAAUAUUAGCAUGGGAGAGUUCUUAAAUCCACCCAAAUUAGAAUUUCUUAAUCAACUACUUCCAUGUGAGCCUAACAAGUGUCACUCCUACCAAGAAGUCUUGCCCCAACUACUAGUCCAAGUGAACCUUUUCCAAUGUGGAGGAAUAGCUAUUGGCUUAUGCAACCUUCACAUCCUCUUGGAUGCAUAUUCUUGCAGUGCCUUCUUGAAAACUUGGUUUGCCAUUUGCAAAGGGUCAAAGGAAGAAAUAUCAUGGCCAGAUUUCUUUUCUGCUUCUUCUUUCUUUCCUCCAAGAAACACCUUUGGUGUACGUGCUGGCAUGUUAAAUAUUAACAAAGACUCGAAUGUAGAAGCAAAGUGCACUACAAGAAGAUUCAUGUUUGAUUCCAAAAUCAUCAAUGAGCUAAAAGCCAUGUCGACCAGUGAUGACACAGAACCUACACGAUACCAAAUAGUGUCUUCAUUCAUAUGUAAACAUAUGAUUGUAGCAUGCAUGAAUGGAUCUUGUGAUCAAACAAGGCCAGUGGUUGCAUUGCAUGUUGUGGACAUGAGAAAAAGGAUGGGAGAGCCUUUCUCAAAAGGUUCUAUUGGAAAUUUAUUGUGGCCUGCAUUGGUUCUUUUGGAAGAUGUCAACAAGAACACUAAUAUUAUAGAUUUAGUUAGAGUUUUGGAAAAAGAAUUAGGAAAGCUCACUAAGGAGUUGUUUCUAAAAGUGCAAAAUGAUCCUGAUUUUUUAUGGAGUGAUGAGUGUGCACAAUUAAUGCUUGAAGGUAUAGCAACACAAAACCCAAUUACUUUAGUGUUCACAAGUUGGGCCAACAUGGGAUUCGACAAGGUGGAUUUUGGUAGUGGAAAACCGUUGUGGUUGGCUCAAAGAGGAGGGAAUGUUGACACUAAGGAUGAUGAUGCAGAUUUGAGGAUAGAUCUUUCUCAAGAAGGAGAGGAUAAUGGACGACCAUCCAUGAAGACCAUUGGACCUUUGAUUAGGUCCAUGGUUAAGAGGAUUGAGUAA